UCGAGGAGAUACUCGACGACGUGGCCGCGCUGGAGGAGCACUCGGGCAGCCGUGGUUAGAGAGACGCUCGCUGCACCCGCCCGUCCACGCUCACACGCUCGCAGACCCGGCCACGACAUGCGCGCCCGACGAGGCGCGGCAGCUGCGGCAGCGGCUGCAUGCCGUCGGGGCGUCGCAGUUUGUCAUGGAGAACAUCACGUCGGACAAGAUGACGGCGCGCAAGCUGUGCACGGCGUUCAACGUGCGCAUCCCCCGCUUCCUCGACGAGGCGCCCGACGAGAGCUUCUACCAGCUGCUCGGGCUGGCCAUCAACCGCGAGCUCAACAAGCGGCCGCGGCUCGCGCAGCACCGCACCAUUGACGACGCGGCGCGGCUGCUGCGCGAGCGGCGCCACGUCCUGGUCAUCACGGGCGCCGGGAUCAGCACCAGCCUGGGCAUCCCCGACUUCCGGUCCAAGAACACGGGCUUCUACUCGCGGCUGCGGGCCAUGGGCUACGACGAGCCCGAGCAGGUGUUUGACAUUCACAACUUCGACGACGACCCGCGCAUCUUCUACCAGCUGGCGGGCGACAUUGUGCCGGACCUCAAGCAGUGGUCGCCGACGCACGCCUUCAUCCGCCUGCUGCAGGACCACGGCAAGCUGCUGACCAACUACACGCAGAACAUUGACAACGUCGAGGCCAACGCCGGCAUCCGCCGCGACCGGCUCAUCCAGUGCCACGGCUCGUGGGCCACGGCUACGUGCCGCAAGUGCAGCCACAACGUGCCCGGCGAGCACAUCUUCGACGCGGUGCGGGCCAUGAAGCCCGCCGAGUGCACGCGCUGCGUCGCCGCCCUGGCGGCGCAGAAGCCCGGGCUGAAGCGCAAGCGCUCCUCCAACGGGCACGGCGCGCGCAAGAAGCGCGCGAGCGACGCCGACUCGGAGUCGGACGGCGCCUUUGACCUGCCGCAGCCGGGCAUCAUGAAGCCCGACAUCACCUUUUUCGGCGAGGCCCUGCCCAACGACUUCUUCGACCGCCUCAAGGACGUCGACAAGGACAAGGUCGACCUGGUCAUCGUCAUGGGCACGAGCAUGAAGGUCGCGCCCGUGUCGGAGAUACCCAACUUCCUGCCGCGCCACGUCCCGCAGAUCUUCAUAUCGCGCGAUCCCAUCCACCACAUCAACUUUGACAUUCAGCUGCUCGGCGACUGCGACGUCAUCGUCGCCGAGCUCGCCCGCCGCGCAGGCUGGCAGCUGCGCCACGACAUGCUGCCCGACGACCAGACGGUCGACGUCGAGCCGCUCAACGAGGAGGAGCACGAGUACAGCGUCAAGCUGCGCAACGCGCAGCCCGUCGUCGAGCCGCAGGCAGACGUCGAGCUCGAAACGCUCCACGGGCCCGCACACGACACGGACCCGGCCGCGAGAGUCGCGUCCAAGCCCAAAGUCUCACAGGCCAAAGUCUCACAGGCUGAAGUUUCACAGGCCGAAUAAGUGCGGCUCGAUAGACCAUCAUCGGCGCUGGGAAAACUCGGAUAUGCAUGCGAGGCGGACCGAGCCGGACGGACGGGUUCGGGGGGCGUCGAGUGAUACCAGAGACUUUGGCUGCACUUGCGUGUUGCGUGCUUUCAUAGACUGCUUCUAUCCACCAUGUUCGUUUUCAACGCGGUU